UUGUGGCCUUUGCCCAUCCAGGUUUGGGAACCAGCACAUCGCAGGAAGCCAAGGAGUACUUCUCUGAUAUGCAGAGACACCGUAUCCCAUUCAAGUACUCUGGACCUGAAGAUGAUGAAGCUAUCACCCUUGCCUUUAGCAAGAAGAAGGUGGACGAGCGUAAAGUGUGGCUGACCAACUUCAUGGUCAACAGGCGUCAGCGCAGGGCUCACAACCUGCCAGAGGAGUACCUGUACAGUCAGUCCACCAAGUCCCUCUCGUACAACGACUUUGUCAACAAGGAGUUGGUACUUUUCUCCAACUCUGACAAUGAGAGGUCCAUCCCCUGCCUGGUGGACGGACUGAAACCAGGCCAGAGGAAGGUGCUGUUCUCUUGCUUCAAGAGGAAUGACAAGCGGGAGGUGAAGGUCGCCCAGUUGGCUGGCUCAGUGGCUGAGAUGUCAGCCUACCACCAUGGAGAGGUCUCUCUGAUGAUGACCAUUGUUGGUUUUGAAACAAUCGCCGGCAUAUGUGUUUCAUGUCAGUGGAGGUAUGCCGUAAAAGGUGGAAGGGACUCAGGGACAAAAUACCUGAAAGAAAAGAGGAGGGCGACGGAACAAAGAAGUGGCUCAGGAGCAGGGACAUUUAAAAAAAUGGAAAUACUCUGCGGUCCUGUCUUUCUUCGACCCCUUUAUUACCCCGAGGGAGACUAG